UACGGCAACUGGGCCUGCGGACCCGACCUCGAACUCCUCCCCAUGGUCGAUAUUGCCAACAUUGCCUGCGGUUUCCACGGCGGUGAUCCCCUUAUCAUGAUGGAAACCGUCCGAAACUGCAAGGCCCAUAACGUUCUUAUCGGGGCGCAUCCUGGACUGCCGGAUCUCCAAGGGUUCGGAAGACGGGAGAUGAAGCUUUCCCCUGAAGAGCUCACGGCCAUCACCAUCUACCAGGUGGGCGCAUUGCAAGGGUUCUUGGACCGGGAGGGAGUCCGGUUGAACCACGUGAAACCGCAUGGGGUGCUUUAUGGAAUGAUGUGCCGCGACUAUGAGGUGGCCAAAGCGGUGAUGCAGGGAAUCCCCAAAGGGGUGCCGGUUUUCGGGCUUGCGGGCACCCAGAUGGAGAAAGCGGCCAACGAUCUGGGAAUCGAGUUUUGGGCGGAGCUUUAUGGGGAUGUCAAAUACGAUGCUAAAGGCAUGCUCGUGAUCGACCGGAAGAAGAAGCCGUGGGAUCUUUGAAAGACUACCCGUUGUCAAUUUGUUGCCAUUCUGACUCCCCUGGCUGUGUGGACAUCAUCAAGACGACCCGAAAGGUGGUGGAUGCCUUUAACCAAAAGUAUGGGAAAUGAC